GAGCGGGGGGUUAACGCCUUUCGAGGGACCGCAGCCCGGGUCAGCCACAGGGAGAAGAGUCGCGAGCGGCUGCUGCGGCGGGGGGAGGCAACUAAUCGUCAACAAUGUCUUUCAUUUUUGAAUGGAUUUACAAUGGCUUCAGCAGCGUGCUGCAGUUUUUAGGAUUGUACAAGAAAUCUGGAAAACUAGUGUUUUUGGGCUUGGACAAUGCUGGUAAAACCACUCUUCUGCACAUGCUCAAAGAUGACAGAUUGGGUCAACAUGUCCCUACGCAACAUCCAACAUCAGAAGAGCUGACUAUUGCCGGAAUGACUUUCACAACUUUUGAUCUUGGUGGACACGAGCAAGCUCGCCGGGUUUGGAAGAAUUACCUGCCAGCAAUUAAUGGGAUUGUCUUUCUGGUGGAUUGUGCUGAUCAUUCACGUCUCAUGGAGUCUAAAGUUGAGCUUAAUGCACUAAUGACAGAUGAAACAAUAUCCAAUGUGCCAAUCCUUAUCUUGGGUAAUAAAAUUGACAGACCAGAGGCCAUCAGUGAGGAGAAACUGCGGGAGAUUUUUGGGCUUUAUGGACAGACCACAGGAAAGGGAAAUGUGCCACUGAAGGACCUGAACACACGCCCCAUGGAAGUGUUCAUGUGCAGCGUGUUGAAGAGACAAGGCUAUGGCGAAGGCUUUCGUUGGCUAUCACAGUACAUUGACUGAUAUUUGGACAGAUAGAGUUUUACUCCUCUGGACUGAUCCUGUUCACAGCUUCCUUAUGGACUUUUCUAUUAGAAUGUGGAAGGCUCUCCUGCCACAUAUUGGCAUUGACCAAGAGACUCCUGGUUUUCAACUAUCCUGUUGCACAGUGGUGACACAACUCUUUUCCACAUGACUGGGAGAUAACACAAUUCUGCACGCUGGUGCAAGUUGUCCCUUUCAGUUGCCAUUGUUUCCCACAGAACCCAUGGCUUUCAGUUACAAUGGGGCUGGUGUGAUCUGGAAUCCAAAACUCUGCACGCUGUACUGCAACACCUGAAAAAGAGAAUACGUCUCACCACUGUGGCUAAUUGACUUAAAGAAAGCAAUUAUAUUUUUUAAAAAAAGUGUUAAUGUAAGCAGUGUCCCUUCUAACUUUUUGGUUUAACAUUUAUCUUGUUUGGUCCAGAGUCUAUUAGGGUUUUUUAAAAUCUAUUUAAUGGUAUUUAGAUAUUUCCCAAAUUAAUUAACCACGUAUCAUGAUAUUAAAGUCCUAAAUAAACAUAGAUUUGGGCUUAACUGGUCUAUAGGAUGGUUGUGCUUUGUCACAUUGGGUGAUCAUGAAGAGGAUGCUGUAGGGACUGACUUGUGCAAUGAAGCUUCUUUAAUUACAGGGAUUUUAGUUGAAAAAGGACGCACACAAGCACGUCUGUUCUGUUGCUGCCUCAUGCUUAGGUGUUUGAAUGCAGUUUCCAGUCUCAGCCUCCUAAAGUGGCGAUGCUACGAAAGGGACAGUGUAGCUGUCUUGUUCAGUUUCCCAUUAGCAGUCUUUCUGCUGUGGUGGAUUAGGUUUAUUGGGUUCUCACUCUAGAAUGUAGGAUGUUCUUUGUUGCAGGGUUCCACUGUUUUAUAACUAAAAAUCAUGAUAUUUUUUUGUUGUUGUAGCAUGUGUGUUCAGCAUUUGCAUCUGAUAAGGUUGUCAAUGUAGACUGCACCAGCUUCUUUUUAUACUUAACAGACUUUGUCUGAAGUUUCAUUACUGUCUAGAGCUCCUCCUUUUCAGUUAAAUAAAAUAAAGACAUAUCUUCCUCUAC